AUGGCGCGGAAGGCGUGCCGCGCUUGUCGAUACCGAAAAUGCUUGGAGAGCGGAAUGAGCAAACAGGCUCUGCAACCGCGACGAGACCUGAUCGGAUGCCGGCGGAUUCGAUCGCGGCCCAGCGUUUCGACGUCGACGCCGCCGAGGCCCGCCGAUGAGAAAGCGCAAUAUUUGCUGUUGAUCGAGCGGCUCACUGAAACCGAUCAACGAUUGCGGAGGAAAAAACUCGAGUUGAUCAAAUCUCGGCAGGAGGCGAUGAAUUUGGCGAAAACGAUCAGGGAGGGGACGAGUUCGGCCAGCACCUCCGCGGAUCUUUAUUCCGUGAAAAGCGGCCCGUUUAAUGAUCAGCACAAUACGAUGAUGAUAAUGCUGGGAACUGAUAUAUCGGUGAGCACUCAAGUCGAAAUGAUGAUGAUGCUUGAAUGGACUAGAGCGCUUCCCGUGUUUGUCAGCCUUCCGGUUAGAGAUCGAAUGCUAAUCUUGAAAAGAUUCGCCGUACAUUGCCUCAUCAUUGAGCAUGGCUAUUAUACGGCGUCGGCGAACAUCGAUGAUGUUUGGCUCAUCUCAAAUGGUACAUGCAUGCCGCGCAAUGUUGAAAGAUUGCCCGAGGAGAGCAAGAUAUCCAUAUCGGCCGAUCGGCGAUGGCGUCAAGAGAAAUUGUAUAAGCAAAUGACCGAUUGUUGCAUCGACGAGGUGGCAACACCGCUUCGCAAUUUGAAGCUUUCGCCUCAAGAGUUGGUCGCUCUCAAGAUUAUCGUUCUUUUCAAUUGCGGGUGCUCAUCAGAAUAUUCGGAGAUUAGCGAACAAUCGCGACAGGUUGUGCUAAACUUUCGCAAUCGUGUCAUCUCAUCGCUGUUCGCCUAUUAUCAGCAAAUUGGAUUACCGGAUUAUCCGGAGCGUUUCGGCAACGUCAUCUUGAUGCUCUCCGGCGUCACAUCGGCGGCGUCGGCGAUGCUUGAAUCAUAUCAGGUUGGUUGCGUUAUGCGGCUCUUCAAAAUCACACCGUUCGAUCCACUCACUCAGGAGCUCUUGUUCAAUAUCUAA